CCGGCGGGCGUCCCCCCCGUCUCAGCCAUCAUUGGCUCCACCGUCGCCUUAAAGGGGCAGCCACAUUGGUAGCUCCUAACUCUUAAAGAGACAGGAAGCUCGAUUGGUCUGAGAUUCUUAAAGAGACAGGGUGUGAGCAGCUCCCCAGAGCGGAAGGAGGAUCGGGGGAAGGGGACGCGUUCCCUCCGCCGGGGAUCACCGGGCAGUCCCCCCAGCGUGGGCGAGACUCCAGGGCGCCGCCCCUGCGGGCACGGAACUACAAUUCCCAGGCGACUGGAGGAAGGGAGACGCCCGAUGUCCGUCGCGGAAGCUGCUGGGGAUUGUAGUCCCAGCCUACAACUCGGGACUCGGUAGCUGGGAAAAUCUGUAAAGAUCCAACCAUCCUUUUCACCGACGGGGAGAUCGAGGCUCGGAGACUCGAGCAAAUACUGAUUUAGCGAGUCUCUCUUCUCGCCUUACGGGCGAGGCAUGCGCCCCGCUUCGGCCGGCACCAUGGACAGCGAGGCAUUCCAGAGCACCCGGGACCUUCUGGACCUGAACUUCCAGUCUCUGGCCAUGAAGCACAUGGACCUGAAGCAGAUGGAGCUGGACACGGCGGCGGCCAAGGUGGACGAACUGACCAAACAGUUGGAGUCGCUGUGGUCAGACUCGCCGACGCCUCCGGGCUCGCAGGCUGGAGCCCCUACGAGGGUGUCCCGGUACAGCUCCAGCCCUGUCCCCGAGCCCUUCAGCAGCCGCGGGUCUCCCCGGAAGGCGGCCACCGACGGUGCAGACACCUCGUUCGGACGCUCCGAGAGCGCGCCGGCUUUGCACCCCUACAACCCGCUGUCCCCGAAAGGCCGGCCCUCGUCACCGCGCACCCCGCUCUACCUGCAGCCGGAUGCCUACGGCAGCCUGGAGCGCGCGCCCUCGCCCCGGCCCCGCGCCUUCGAUGGCGCAGGGAGCCCCCUCGGCCGUGCGCCCUCCCCGCGGCCCGGGCCCGGCCCGCUCCGCCAGCAGGGCCCCCCCACGCCCUUCGACUUCCUGGGCCGCGCCGCUUCCCCGCGCGGCAGCCCCCUGGCCGAGGGGCCCCAGGCCUUCUUCCCCGAGCGCGGGCCCUCGCCACGCCCCCAGACCUCCGCCUACGACGCACCCGUGGCCUUCGGGGGCCCCCUACUGGGCGCGGGCGGCAGCGCUUUCGCCCCGCCUCUGCGCGCUCAAGACGACUUAACGCUGCGCCGGCGGCCCCCCAAAGCCUGGAAUGAGUCUGACCUGGACGUGGCGUACGAGAAGAAACCUUCGCACACGGCGAGCUACGAACGCCUGGACGUCUUCUCGCGGCCUGCUUCGCCAGGCCUGCAGCUGCUGCCCUGGAGAGAGAGCAGCCUGGAUGGGCUGGGGGCCACCAGCAAGGACAACCUCACCAGCGCCACUCUGCCCCGCAACUACAAGGUCUCUCCUCUGGCCAACGACAGGCGUUCUGAUGUGGGCAGCUACCGCAGAUCACUGGGCUCCACGGGGCCAUCAGGCACUUUGCCCCGCAGCUGGCAGCCCGUUAGCCGCAUCCCCAUGCCCCCUUCCAGCCCCCAGCCCCGGGGUGCCCCGCGCCAGCGCCCCCUUCCCCUCAGCAUGAUAUUCAAGCUGCAGAAUGCCUUCUGGGAGCACGGGGCCAGCAGGGCCAUGCUCCCUGGCUCCCCCAUCUUCUCCCGAGCACCCCCACCUAAGCUGCCUCCCCAGCCCCAGGCACCUCCCCAGCCCCAGGCACCUCCCCAGCCCCAGGCACCCCCCCAGCCCCAGCCCCAGCUUCCACCCCAGCCCCAGCCACAGCCCCAGACUCAACCGCCUGCCCCAGCCCCCCAGUCUCCCCCACAGACUUGGCCCCCUGUGAGCGAAGGUCCCCCCAAACCUCCCCCUGAGCUGGAGCCGGAGCCGGAGCUGGAGGGGCUGCUGACACCGGUGCUGGAGGCUGGUGAUGCAGAUGAAGGUGCUGUGACUCGACCCCUCAGCCCCACAAGGCUGCAGCCAGCACUGCCACCCGAGGCACAGUCGGUGCCCGAGCUGGAGGAGGUGGCACGGGUGCUGGCAGAGAUACCGCGGCCCCUCAAACGCAGGGGCUCCAUGGAGCAGAGCCCAGCCGUAGCCCUGCCCCCCACCCACAAGAAGCAAUACCAGCAGAUCAUCAGCCGCCUCUUCCAUCGUCACAGUGGGCCUGGGGGGCCUGAGCCCGAACUGUCCUCCAUCAGUGAAGGAUCUGAGGCUAGGGCAGGGCCCCCUGCUCCUGCCCCACCAGCUCCCAUACCACCCCCGGCCCUGCCCCAGAUCAGCCCACCAGAGCAGCUGCAGAGCAUGGAGAUGCGCUCGGUGCUGCGGAAGGCGGGCUCCCCCCGCAAGGUCCGCCGCGCGCGCCUCAACCCGCUUGUGCUCCUGCUGGACGCGGCGCUGACCGGGGAGCUGGACGUGGUGCAGCAGGCGGUGAAGGAGAUGAACGACCCGAGCCAGCCCAACGAGGAGGGCAUCACCGCCCUGCACAACGCCAUCUGCGGCGCCAACUACCCCAUCGUGGACUUCCUCAUCGCCGCCGGCGCCAAUGUCAACUCCCCCGACAGCCACGGCUGGACACCGUUGCACUGCGCGGCAUCGUGCAACGACACGGCCAUCUGCACGGCGCUGGUGCAGCACGGCGCGGCAAUCUUCGCCACCACGCUCAGUGACGGAGCCACCGCCAUCGAGAAGUGCGACCCCUACCGCGAGGGUUACGCUGACUGCGCCACUUACCUGGCAGAUGUGGAGCAGAGCAUGGGGCUGAUGCACAACGGGGUGGUGUACGCCCUUUGGGACUACAGCGCGGAGUUCGGGGACGAGCUGUCCUUCCGUGAGGGCGAGUCGGUCACAGUGCUGCGGAGGGAUGGACCAGAGGAGACGGACUGGUGGUGGGCUGGGCUGCACGGCCAGGAGGGCUACGUACCUCGUAACUACUUCGGGCUCUUCCCCAGGGUGAAGACUCAGAGGAAUAAGGUCUAGCUGCACAGAAGGACAUUUUCAAGGGAGGCAGGAUAGAGCCAUCCUGCCUUUGCUUCAGACCUCUUCAUCAGUAACUGCUGCCUCUCCUUGGGCUCCCAGCCCAACAGGGCUGGGGUCCUCACCUCCAGCUCUCUGCUUCCCUGGAAGCCCAGGGGAAAAGGAGAACCCCAGCCUUAAAUUUAGAAACUGCCUUAGCCAUGGGAGAUUGCCUUGGGGUUGGGAAUCAUUGGAGGCAAGAGACCCCACCACCAGCACCACCAGCACCACCACCUCCACCACCUCUAUUUGCCAGAUCAGAUCCCGUCCAAAGUGCCUCCCACUCCUACUGCCAACCCCUCUCACCCCCUCAAAACAAGCCAAUGCACCAUCCUAGUGGAGCCUGGGAUGAAUCACCUCCACUGGAUUUCCCUGGGAGUCACCUCUGCCCCCAUCUCUCCAGGGCUGGGUGAGACACACUGGCCUCUACCAGGACCUCUGUCCCACCUCUCUCCAGUCAAGGGCUUUCACACAGUGCUGGUUUUAUAACCAAAUGGGGGACAUUUUCCCUUAUAAAUAAAGGUAGUUUGCACAGAAAUUGA